AUGCCGAUCGCCAUACGUGACGACAUCUUCGGUGCCAACUCUCCAGUCGACUACAACCAUUGGACCCUGGUGGCUACUCUACAAUAUCUCUAUCCGAAGGGGCUCAUGAUGGACGCCAUGCCUUCAAGCUCGACGUAUCCUUAUGAACCGCCAACCAUCAUCGAGAUUUUGGUGCUAUCGUCCUACAUAUACAUCCUCAAUGCUGCGGGGGCCAUCUUCGAAGCAAGUAUCCACGCAGAUCUUGUUGGAUACCUAUGUGUCGGAAUGGUGUACGGCCCACCGCUGGGAAAUAUCAUCCCUACGGCUUGGCUGAAUUGCUUUACAUCCGUCGGCUACAUCGGACUAGUGCUACUGGUAUUUCAAGGUGGUCUGAUCACGGACUUGAGCAUGAUCCUACCCAACAUUAUGCUCUCGCUGUGUGUCGCGUUAACGGGCAUUGCGCUCCCUAUUGCAUUGUCCAUCGCGUAUAUUCCCUUUGCACUCGACUAUACGCUCUUACAAGGCUUCGCGGCGGGCGCCAGUUUAUCAUCCACCUCCUUGGGGACGACCCUCGCAGUACUAUCUGCCAAUAGCAGAGCCUCUACAUCUCGCCCAGCCGAAAAGACCGGCCCCGGUAGCGUUGUCUCCGCUGAUGCCGAGCCCAUCGAUAUUCGCAAGACCAGACUAGGGACAGUGCUCAUGACAGCUGCACUAGCAGACGAUGUAGUAGCUCUAGUGCUCGCGGCCAUCGUCCCCAAACUCGGCGGUGGCGGGUUCACAUGGCGAGCUGUGGUACGCCCCGUGCUCGUCUCUGUGGCCUUUGUAGUAUGCACCCCUGUACUAUCGAAAUUCGCCGUCAACCCCAUACUUCGUCGCGCAAGACGCUGGGAUUACACACGCAUUCGCGGUACUUCCGCCUCAAUGAUGAUCGCGAACUAUGUCAGCCGCGAUGCUGCAUACUUGUUUGCACUGGUCGCUGUUCUCAGUGGCUUCGUCACCAGCGCCAGCUACGCGGGAACGAGCGAACUCCUGGGAGCAUAUAUUGCAGGAUGCUGGCUCCGCGCGACUGGCCGCGUCUUGCUCCUGCGAACAUCAAGCGAUACACAGGACGUCCCCAUGGAUGAUACCCCCACUCCACCCGCUACGAUCCCAAUGACAUCGACAUCAGGACUCAUGAAUACGGGCGCUAACGAUGCUGUUGCGGAUCCAUUCACCAUCACAUUCGAAAGAUACAUCGAACCUGUCCUCCACCGUGUCCUCGCCCCUUUAUUCUUUGGAUCUAUAGGGAGCUCUAUUCCAUUCCUCAGUCUCUGGAGGCCCGCGCGGAUCGUCUGGCAAGGAUUCGUAUUCUCCAUCUUGAUGGCUAUAGGCAAGGCAGCGGCUGGUGUGUGGUGGCUGGUAUGGCCCGGUCGAUCAGUGAACGACGAUCCGUCCUCGCGAUUGAGUCGUAGGACUGGCGCGCUUUUCAUUGGAAUCGCCCUCAUUGCUAGAGGCGAGAUAGCAUUGCUCGUUGCAUCACUCGCUCGGUCCAUUCUCCAGGAAAGUCCAAGAGGUACACAGGAAGAGCUAUACUCUAUUGUGAUGUGGAGUACCUUGGCGUGUACUGUCGGAGGAGCUAUGGGUGUUGGGUUUGUUGUUAAUCGGAUGCGAUAG